AUGUUGGCUUAUGUGUUGGCACAACAAUCAGGUUCCAGUGAUUUAAAAGCCUACAAAUACAAUGAAGUAAAAACAAUACAAUGGCUUAAAAAUAGAGUCCAUAAAUUAUCUACUGUCUUAAAGGAAAAAAAUCUUCAUGUCACAUCUGGUGCAACUUCUGCCACAUUUGUAGCUAGUACGCUUACAAAUGAUUCUGUUGAUGAAGAAUUUUACCUUAAAUAUGCACAUGGAAUCAUAUCAGAAUAUCUGCAAGAUGAUUUAGUAGAAUUGCUAGAAAAGCAAUUUGAUUUCAAAGCAGAACUAAUUGAAACUAUUGGGAAGAAAAGAAAAUCUGAUGCAAGUGAAUUGAUUGAAUCACACAAAAAGAUUAAAUCUGAGCUAAAGGAAGAAACGGAUGAUAAAUUGAGUGAUUUUAGUUUUAGCAGUACUGAAAUUAAAAAGCCAAAACCAUUAUCCGCAAAAGAAAAAGCAAGGCAAAAGGCAGCAAGUGGAUCAAAAACAAUAUCAGCUUUUUUUACUAAGAAAUAAUUUAACCUGUAUGAGAAAAACUUUCCAUGUGAGUGUUGUAAAAAAGUAAUGAUUCAGAUUCAGAACUAUAAGUUAUGAACGUGAGCUGCAUAUUAUGUUUCAUGUCUUAUUAUAUCAACAGAAAAAUGAAACCAAAAGAAAAAAAGGGGAGUUUUAACCCUGUACCCCAUCCAAUGUCCAGAUGAGAUUCACAAUUGAUUUUCUUAUGUGUUUAUUUUCUUAAGAUAUGAACUUGCAGCUUAGAGAUAACAGGAUGACCUAUACCAAUACAAAUGAAUGACAAUGCAAUCCAUGGAAGCGCCCUGGGAAGGACUGAAUUGGAAAUAGGAUGGUAUCAGAUGAAAUCAAUAUAAUUCAUAAAAUAUAGAAAUAAACAA